AUGGAUCACUUCUGUCCUGAGCCACCUCAUUCGUCUGAGGAGAAGGCUGCGCACUCUGCACUGCAGCCAGGGGGUCCCGCUCAGCCCGAGCGCUCCGGGCCAGAGGGUCCCACUCAGUCCGAGCUGCCAGGGGGUCCCGCUCAGCCGGAGCGCUCCGAGCCAGAGGGUCCUUCACCGGAGCCCGAGUGUCCCACUCAGUCCGAGCUGUUGGGGGUCUUCGCUCAGUCCGAGCAGCCACGAGGUCCUGCUCAGUCCGAGCCGUUGGGGGUCUCCGCUCAAUCCAGGCCUUCCGUGUCUUCCGAGUGUCCCGCUCAGUCCGAGCCAUUGGGGGUCUUCACUCAGUCCAAGCCGUUGGAGGGCCCCGCUCAGUCCGAGCGUUCUGAGCCAGAGGGUCCUGCACCGGAGCCCGAGUGUCCCGCUCAACCAGAGCCAUCAGGGGGUCCCGCUCAGCCCGAGCGUUCCGAGCCCGAGGGUUCCACUCAGUCCGAGCUGCUGGGGGUCCCGCUCAGCCGGAGCGCUCCGAGCCAGAGGUCCGAGCAGCCAGGGGGUCCCGCUCAGUCCGAGCCGUUGGGGGUCUCCACUCAGUCCAGGCCUUCCGUGUCUUCGGAGUGUCCCGCUCAGUCCGAGCCGUUGGGGGUCUUCACUCAGUACAAGCCGUUGGAGGGCCCCGCUCAGUCCGAGCGUUCUGAGCCAGAGGGUCCUGCACCGGAGCCCGAGUGUCCCGCUCAACCAGAGCCAUCAGGGGGUCCCGCUCAGCCCGAGCGUUCUGAGCCCGAGUGUCCCACUCAGUCCGAGCUGUUGGGCGUCUUCGCUCAGUCCGAGCCGCCAGGGGGUCCCACUCAGCCCGAGCGCUCCGAGCCAGAGUGGUUCCCCAUUCAGCCUGAGCGCUCCGAGCCAGAGGGUCCUGCACCGGAGCUUGAGUGUCCUGCUCAGUCCAAGCCACCACGGGGUCCCGCUCAGUCCGAGCCGCCAGAGUCUUCCGAGUGUCCCGCUCAGUCCGAGCCAUGA